UACGGCACGGCGGAGGUGGCAAGAUGGCCGCGGCUGAGGAGGAAGGUGGUGUUGGGGCCGAAGCCGACCGGGAAUUGGAAGAGCUGCUGGAAAGUGCUCUUGAUGAUUUCGAUAAGGCCAAACCGUCUCCAGCACCCCCUCCUACCACCACAGCCCCUGAUGCUUCGGGGUCCCAGAAGAGAUCGCCGGGAGAUACUGCCAAAGAUGCCCUCUUCGCCUCCCAAGAGAAGUUUUUCCAGGAACUGUUUGACAGCGAGCUGGCUUCCCAAGCCACUGCAGAGUUUGAGAAAGCAAUGAAGGAGUUGGCUGAGGAAGAGCCCCACCUGGUAGAGCAGUUCCAAAAGCUCUCAGAGGCUGCUGGGAGAGUAGGCAGUGAUGCGACUUCCCAACAAGAAUUCACUUCUUGCCUAAAGGAGACAUUAAGUGGACUAGCCAAGAAUGCCACUGACCUUCAGAACUCUGGCAUGUCAGAAGAGGAGCUGACCAAGGCCAUGGAAGGGCUGGGCAUGGACGAAGGAGACGGGGAAGGGACCAUCCUCCCCAUCAUGCAGAGUAUCAUGCAGAACCUCCUGUCCAAGGAUGUGCUGUACCCGUCACUGAAAGAGAUUACAGAAAAGUAUCCAGAAUGGUUGCAGACUCACCGAGAAUCUCUACUUCCAGAGCAGUUUGAAAAAUAUCAGGAACAACACAGUGUCAUGGGCAAAAUAUGUGAGCAGUUUGAGGCAGAAACCCCCACAGAGAGUGAGGGCACUCAAAAGGCUCGUUUUGAGGUGGUGCUGGAUCUCAUGCAGCAGCUACAGGAUUUGGGCCAUCCUCCAAAAGAGCUUGCUGGGGAGAUGCCUCCUGGCCUCAACUUUGACCUGGAUGCCCUCAAUCUCUCGGGCCCACCAGGUGCCAAUGGCGAACAGUGUCUGAUCAUGUGAAACACAACAUGCUUUCUUCCCUGAUUCCCAGCCGUGGGGGAACGUCUGGAGUCAGCAGCACCACUGGGAGCUGAGGCAGGAGUGUCGUCUACAGGAGUGGUCUGCCCACUGCCAUCUGUCAUCCCACCCAAGAUUGUGCCAUACCAGCUGAGGCUUUUUCUGUGUCCUUCUAGGAAUAAGGCCUGUUCUGCAGAUCAUUUCUGUGAACCCUUUCCAUUGUGGUUUCUGCUGCUAGCAAAGGCCCAGCUACCUACCAGGUGAACGAAGGCGUCCCUUUUGGGGCAUGCACCUUCUUUCCUCUCCCAAGAUAAUGUUAUACAGGGCCACACUGAGUUCAGUUUUGUACCCAGGGUCUUCGUGCCUUGUCUCUACUCCCUGUCUUGGACCUGGGGAGCAGGGACAGAGUCCUAGGACUCUAUAUUUCAAUAGUUCUCUUGGGCAGCACCUGUGGGAAUGAAUGGGGAGAAACUUAGCCUGGGCUAGGGGUUUAGGUCUGUCACCACACCCUCUUGCCUUCAGACUGUUCUGAAUUCUCUGAAGGGAAAGUAAGUGGGGGGACUUUUGCAUCUAAAAAUGCUACUCUUUCACAGUAGGUUGAAAUAGAAGCCCUGGGAUUCUCCUCUCUCCAGGUACAGAGUCCUCAACUCCCUGUACCAGCCUGAAAACUCAAGUAGCUGCCCUGUUCUUUCUGUAAUGCUAUGUGAUCUGGAUGAACUCAGCCCUUGACCUUCCUUUACCCCCUGCCUCUCCUCUCAUCUCUCUAUUUUAAAUACCUCUUUAUUCCAACCCUUCUCUGAGCCCAAACUGUGACAAAGAAGGGUCCAUCCUGUUUCCCCUCAUCUAGUCCAUCCACCACCCUCACUGGCCCCCCUAUCACCCUGGCAAACGUAUAUAAUUAUAGUGUCAGGUCUAGGAAAUGAAUUACUGUUCUUCCCCAGAUACAUUUUGGCUUAUUUGAGACAUCUCAUUUGUUUGAAUCCUGUUCACUGAUUCAGGGAGGUAGCUUGGGAAAGGUGGGGUGGGAUGCAGCCUGGGUCCUUUUUCCUGACUAAUAAAUAUUCUGAGUGAGGGAUUGUA